AUGGGCAACACUACCAGCGCAGUCCUGGACAACCUCGUCCAAGGAUCCAACUUCGACAGAGAGGAAGUUGAUCGUCUGCGAAAGCGAUUCAUGAAAUUGGACAAGGAUAACUCCGGUACGAUCGAGCGCGAUGAAUUCCUCAGUCUUCCCCAGAUCUCUUCCAACCCUCUGGCAACACGAAUGAUCGCCAUCUUCGACGAGGAUGGUGGCGGUGAUGUCGAUUUCCAAGAAUUCGUUACAGGUCUUUCGGCAUUCAGCAGCAAGGGAAACAAGGAGCAGAAGCUUCACUUCGCCUUCAAGGUUUACGAUAUUGACCGCGACGGCUACAUCAGCAACGGAGAGCUUUUCAUCGUCCUAAAGAUGAUGGUUGGCAGCAACCUUAAGGACCAGCAGCUGCAGCAAAUCGUUGAUAAGACCAUCAUGGAGGCCGAUCUCGACGGGGAUGGCAAGAUUAGCUUUGAGGAGUUCACCAAGAUGGUGGAGUCUACCGAUAUCAGCAUGAGCAUGACUGUUGACCAGUUCUAA